AUGUUGGAAUACCGACGCUACCCAAUCGAUGCUUCCUUCCAACUAAUCUCUCGCGCUCUUCUUUCUUUGUCUUCCACAGCGGCUGAUGCACUCCGAUUGUACUGUCUUUUGCGAGGAUUGAAAAGCCCAGGAAAGGCAAAGCCCUUUUUGCCUGAGCAAUCUACACCAACCGGUGACGGCCUCCCUCCGCUGUCGGCCUACUAUCUACUGUUUGGGCGUUCUGCUGACAAUGUUCUGCUCGCGCGAAUCGCUCGAUUGGCCAGUUUCGCACUGCGCGUGGAGAAUUCCGAGGCUGUUUGGACCAUGCUAGCCGGCUCCGAUUCGGAGAAAUUUUCACUGGCUCGGUUCAAUCGCCUGAUGAUCGCUGCCGGACUUGACUAUUUCGAAUGGCAAAUGCGUUGGUGCGCCGGACCGCAGUUCGCGGUCGGUUUACACGCGAUUGACCUGNAUCAACAAUUUACGUGCGAACGCUACAUGGAAUCGAUUCGUCGAAUCAGUGCCUCUCGACCAACUAUUCCUAAUUUGGCUCAACUGCUUUGUCGUCUCACACUGACCGCAAACGAUCGAUUGAGCAUGUUCGCUCCAUUCGAUUCGUGUGUGGCUGAAUCCCUCAAACGUUUGCAUUCACUUCUCUGA